AAUUUCCGCUCAUGUUGAAUAGGAAAAUAAAAAAACAUAAAAAUAAAAGAGUGGAAACAUUACUGGAAAAUCCAGUUUGGGAAAGUAAUUAGUGGACUUCCAUUUACAUCCUCAAUUUUCCCAAAACAAACAAUUUCUUCCUCCUUUAUUACCCUUCUUUUUCGAUUCUUUUUCUUUUAUACAGUCUUCCAUUUCUCUCACCCGAUGGACAUCAUCAGUCAGUUACACAGAAAGAUUACUGAUUUCACUGCUUCUUUAUAUCGAGAGAAUUUUGUAGAUGAUCAGUUUACUCAGCUACAGAAGCUGCAAGACGAGAGCACUCCUGAUUUUGUGAUUGAGGUGGCUACGCUUUUCUUUGAAGAUUGUGAGAAGCUUAUCCUUAAUAUGCGCAAUGCUUUAGACCAAACCUUUGUGAAUUUUCAACAGGUGGAUUCACAUGUUCAUCAAUUGAAGGGUAGUAGUUCCAGUAUGGGUGCAGCAAGAAUCAAAAACAUGUGCAUUGCUUUCAAAUCAUAUUGCGAUUCCCAAGACCGUGACGGGUGUAUAAGAUGUCUUCGACAGGUGAGCAACGAGUACGCUCAAUUGAAAGUCAAGCUUGAAACUUUGUUUAGGCUGCAGCAACAGAUCGUUGCAGCAGGUGGAUCAAUUCCCGUACUACUAUAAGUAAAUGUUAUUAUAUUGACGCCGACACAGAAUUGAUUGUUUGAUGUUAAAGAUACUCCACUUGUAGGUGUUAUUCUAGGUUUGAGGGUUUGAGUUUUCAGGGGUCAACAAUGUGAAUAAACAUUUAUGCAUCUGCUUCACAGAACUUAUUAUUUAUAGUGUUGAUUGCUUUUUCAGUA